CUCGAGUGGGGUUGCAUGAAGGGGGGAGUUUAUUCCAACCUGUUUUUACUGGCAUCCCAACACCUCUAGAAUCCCAUCAUCUGCUUAUCGAGAUCUUCCCUUUGCCUUUCCGUUUCCUAGGAGAGCCGGAUGGACGGAAGAGUCCCAGCUGGGCCGCUACCACCGCCCCCACAGCUGCCGCUAGCUCCGGCUGAAAAUAUGUUCCCAUGCAUCAAUCCGCACUUGCUUCCAUCGACCCCGUUGUUACACUCUCCUGCGCUAAUGCCGCCACAGGCAUUAGACCCUCAACAAUUUGCCAUGGAAGUGGACUGGUUUAGCCUCCUAUCUGGCUCCAGUAAAUUUGCGGAGCACCACCCUUCACCAACAAAUGCGUUCUCAAGCGCUAGAGGGCAUAAUAAUCGAGGUGAAGAUGUGAAGAAUGGAGGUAGGAGCUGUAAUAAGAAAGUCGGUAGGACCAGGAAAGCGAUUCCGCCGAGGGUCGCAUUCCACACGAAGAGUGCCGACGACAUUCUCGACGAUGGUUACAGGUGGCGCAAGUAUGGCCAGAAAGCGGUGAAGAACAGCGGCCAUCCAAGGAGCUACUACCGCUGUACACACCACACAUGCACUGUGAAGAAGCAAAUCCAGCGACUCUCGACAGACUCAAGCAUCGUCGUCACAACGUACGAAGGCAUUCACAACCAUCCUUGCGAAAAAUUGAUGGAGACCUUGACUCCUCUUCUGCGGCAACUGCAACUGCUCUCUGGUUUCUAGUUCCAGUUCGUUGGUAUGCAGAGGGCAACAGAAUUAGCAGAAUCUGGGGAAAAAUUGUGUGGAUCGGAUGUCCGAAGAUGAAGACUGACAAGAUGCAGGAAAAAACCUUUUGUAAUUAUCGGUAAAUAAUAGAAUAAGCUGGCAAGCCAAUCUGCCUUUCCGGGCAAUGUAAUACCACUCAACUCGUGGGCAUGUGAAAAGAAUGUUAUUAUCUCAGCUUAUAGCACAACAUUUGUAGA